ACGCCCAUGUGUAUCGUCUGCUUCGUGAAAGCGCUGGUGCACGUAUUCAAGAUCUACCUGACCGCCAACUACACCUACAAUUUCCGCAGCUGGCCCGUGGACUUCCGCUGGGAUGACGUGGGCGCCCGUGCGGGGGGCAGCAGUCACCGCGCGCUGACAUGCACGGCAGCUGCAGCUGGCGUGUGGCUGCUCCAGGAUGCCGCGCUGGGCGGGGGCACGCCGGGGCGGCCGCUGCACGGGUCGCACAGCCAGCUGCAGUGCCUUCUGCAGCAGAUCCGAGAGCUGCCCGGCCAGCUGGCCAGGUACGCGCUGGCCCACUCGCUGGGCCGCUGGCUCGUGUACCCGGGCUCCAUGUUCCUGAUGACCCGAGCGCUGCUGCCGCUGCUGCAGCAGGGCCAAGAACGCCUCGUGGAGCGCUACCACGGCCGGCGUGCCAAGCUGGUGGCCCAAGAUGGCAACGAGAUCGACACCAUGUUCAUGGAUCGCCGCCAACACCCGGGCAGCCAGGGCCGUGGCCUGCGCCUGGUCAUCUGCUGUGAAGGCAACGCCGGCUUCUAUGAGAUGGGCUGCCUGUCCGCGCCACUGGAGGCUGGCUACUCAGUGCUGGGCUGGAACCACCCGGGCUUCGGGGGCAGCACCGGUGAGCCGUUCCCUCAGCACGACGCCAACGCCAUUGAUGUGGUGAUCAAGUACGCACUGCACCGCCUGCGCUUCCCGCCGGCGCACGUGGUGAUCUACGGCUGGUCCAUUGGCGGCUUCACAGCCACCUGGGCCACCAUGUCCUACCCGGAGCUGGGUGCACUGGUGCUUGAUGCCACCUUCGACGACCUCGUGCCUCUGGCCCUGAAGGUCAUGCCCCAGAGCUGGAAGGGACUGGUGGUGCGCACCGUGCGUGAACAUUUCAACCUCAAUGUCGCGGAGCAGCUGUGCAGCUACCCCGGGCCGGUGUUGCUGCUCCGGCGAACUCUGGACGACGUCGUCAGCACCUCCGGCCAUCUGCGCCCCCUGCCGUCCGGCGACGUGGAGGGCAACCGCGGCAACGAGCUGCUCCUGCGCCUGCUGCAGCACCGCUACCCGGCUGUGAUGGCGCGUGAGGGCUACGCCAUCGUGACCCGCUGGCUGCGCGCGGGCAGCCUGGCACAGGAAGCCGCUUUCUAUGCGCGCUACCACGUGGAUGACGACUGGUGCCUGGCACUGCUGCGCUCCUACCGCGCUCACUGCGAGGACAAACAGGACGAGGAGGUCUGGGGACCGCACGGGCUCGCCUUCCCGUGGCGGGUGGGUCAGGGCCUGAGCUCGCGUAGGCGCCGGCAACUCGCGCUGUUCCUGGCGCGCAAACACCUCAAGAACGUGGAAGCGACUCAUUGCAGUCCGCUAGAACCCGAGGACUUCCAGUUGCCCUGGAGGCUGUAG